AUUUUAGCCUGCGCACCAUCAAAUAUUGCUGUAGAUAAUCUUGUAGAGAGACUCGCUCGCAGUAAACAUAAAAUUGUACGUCUAGGUCAUCCCGCCAGAUUGUUACCUCACAUACAGAAAUAUUCACUGGAUGCUAUCCUGUCUACGAGUGAUGAGACCAAACUAGUAGAGGAUGUGAGGAAAGAUCUUGAUAAAACUCUGUCAGGACUGAAGAAAGCUAGAAAUAAAGGUGAAAAACAGAAACUUAGAGAAGAGAUGAAAUCUUUGCGUAAAGAACUACGCCAGCGUGCGGACGCUGCCACUAGAGACAUUCUGAAACGAGCAGAUGUUGUAUUGGUUACCCUAACUAGUGCUACAGAUGAUGGACCAAUGAAAUUACUGGAAGAAAGUCAUUUUGAUGUGACAAUUAUUGAUGAAGUGUCACAAGCUAUGGAAGCAGCCUGCUGGAUCCCGCUUUUAAGAACAAAGAAAUGUAUUCUAGCCGGGGACCAUCUACAGUUACCUCCUACAAUACUCUCAAACGAAGCUGCUAAAGAAGGCCUUGCUGUGACCUUGAUGGAACGUGUCCUUGACCUUCAUGGUGACAAGGUCAUGAGAAUGUUGACAACACAAUACAGGAUGAAUGAGAAGAUCAUGCAGUGGUCAUCAAAAGAAUUGUACGAGUCCAAAUUGAUUGCUCAUGAUUCUGUUAAACAUCAUUUGCUGAGGGAUAUGCCAGGUAUUACUGAUAACGAGACAAGUUUGCUACCAUUGUUGUACAUAGACACUGCUGGUUGUGACCUCCAGGAACUUGAUUUGCCUGAGGAAAUCUCUAAAGGAAAUGAAGGUGAGGCAGAUAUUGUUGCUGUGCAUGUUGAGAAGUUGUUGGCUUGUGGUGUACAGCAGGAAGAUAUUGCAGUUAUUGCCCCUUAUAACCUUCAGGUAGAACUUGUUAGGCUGAGACUUGCCAGUAAAUAUCCAAAGAUAGAGGUUAAAUCUGUGGAUGGAUUUCAAGGCAGAGAGAAGGAAGCUGUUAUUAUCUCCCUUGUUAGGAGUAAUACAAGAGGUGAGGUUGGUUUCCUGUCUGAGAGACGAAGAAUUAAUGUUGCUGUUACUCGAGCUAGGCGCCAUUUAGCAGUUAUUGGCGACAGCGAGACAGUAUGCAAGGACAAUUUCCUUUGUACAUUGAUAGAAUAUCUUAACCAAGAGUCAGAAGUACAGACUGCACAGCAGUAUCUGGAUGAUGGGGUAUUACAGCAAUGCGAUGUAGUUAGACCAGAGCAUCUGGACGAUCUUAUGGCACUUUCAAAGAAACAGGGCUCGGAUAAAGGGGCCAGGCCAAAGUCACAUAAACAACAAACAAAUCCUAAACAGCCUGCUGAUAGAAAUAAAAAAGAAUCUCAUCCACAUGAAGCUAAUAAAAAAUUCAGCAAACAAAAUCAAGCUGAGGAAGAAAGUAGGCUAAAAGAGUUGGAGGAAGAAAUUGAACUGUUUAUUUCUAAUCAACAUGCAGAUGUUUUAGAAUUUCCAAGCUCAUUGUCUGGAAGAGAGAGAUUUCUAGUCCAUGAGAUUGCAGAGAAGCAUGGUCUUGCGCAUACAAGCAAGGGCAUAGGUGAAGAUAGAUUUAUUGUGGUAACAAAACCUGGUAAAUCAUUGUUGGCUGAAUCAGAUAUUCAAAAUGAUGAAAAGGAAGAUGCUGUAAGAAAUACUGUUGAAAUGGAUAACAGACAUGUAGAUGAGGAUAUUGAUGAAAGUAAGAGCAAAAGAAAUAAAAAGAAAAAGAAGAAAAAUAAAGAAAAUAUAGAAGUGAAUGUUGAAGAUAGCCUUAAUAAUUGUGGAAAUGAAGAGCUAGUUGAUGAACCUUUGAACAAUGGUAAUAUAUCUGCAAAAGAUUUUAAUGAGGCAAAGGAAUUCAUAGGAGCUCCCAUUUCUGAUGGUAAAAUUGUCUGUGGUAUUUGUAAAAAGGAUGUACUCAAAGCAAAUCUGCAACUGCAUGAAAUUCAUUGUGCUAGGAAGGAAAAAGAUAUGAGAAUGAAAAGGGAAGAGGUGGAAGUUAAAGAAAAGCAGAAGAAAGAGGUAUCCAAGUCAAUCAAAGCACCGGAAAUUUGAUAAAGAACUAGCAGAAAGAGUGGAAAGGUUGAUAAAGAUGACAUAGAUGCUUUGAUUGCAACAGUUCAAAAUAUGGACAACUUUUGCUGUUUCAAGAAGUGCAAAACCAGUGUCCAGACACUGUUUCAAGUAUGUUCACAUUGUCAAGGAAGAUACUGUAUGUCACAUCAUAUACCAGAGGUACAUGGAUGUGGGGAAGCAGCACGGGCUCAAGCCCGAGCUAGAAUAAGUAAAGAUGGUGUCCUGUAUAGAGGUAGUGGGGUACCAGAAAAAAGACCAGAUGCAACAAAGAAAGCUCAUUUACACAGGAAGUUAGAUUCAAAAUUAACAGAACUUUCUGCUAAAAGGAAAGGAAAGCCCAAAAAGUGAUCUUUUACUAGUCUCUGUGAUGAUAUUUAUUUAAUUAUUAAAUCUUUGAUGAUAUUUAAUUAUUUAUUUAUCAAAUCUAUGAUUUUCAUUUACAUAAAUAUAUUUAUUUAUUGAAAAGAGGCAAAAAGGAUUAGUGUAAAAAAAAGUGAAGAUGUUGUCAUGUCAUUGACCGUCAGUUAACCCUUGGUUAACCUUUUUGUUAAGUUCUCAUUUAUGGUCAUUAAAGUCAAUGCUUAGUACAUUGGAACUACUACUUUGGCAGAUCUUGCUAUACUCGCAGUAACAAAUUCAUAUGUAAGACAUUUUAAAUUGAAAGUAUGAUUAAGCCACCAAGUACAGAUUGUUCGUACUAGCAGCUUCAUAUUUUUGCUUGUGAUACCUACUUUUGUCACUUUCUGCCGCAUGAAUUGUGAUAUUCUCAGAAAAGAGAACCAAGAUGUGAAUUGUUGCUGAAUAAAAUUGUGUUAA